CUCAAGUGUUUCCGUUUUACCGUAUAGAGUAUGGAGCUGUGGAGCCAAACGAACGGUAAAUAAAUCGUUGUGAAUCUGCAUAAGCCUUUGCGGUGGGGUUUCUGCAUCCGAUUCCCUAUUGUACUGUUCCGGUAGUGUGCAAGUGGCUGUGUCUAUGGGAGUAUAAUGAUCUGGCUAGAUUUUUACGCGAUGUUCCUGCAGCUUCUACGGAUUUAGCAACUCACUACUCACCAAUCACUACAGCCGGAAGCCAUCGACGACCUACCAGACUACCAUAAAGUGCGUACUGAUUUGAAUUUUGAAUCAGUUUAAUUAGUGUAUACCAGCGCAGGCUUCUUUAUGUGAACGUGAACCUGAUAUUGGCGGUAAAAACAUUAUGUACGCAUCACCGCUAUACUAUCGCCAGUUUCACUCCAACGCCCGCGAAGUGAACUUCGGGAACACGGUGCUGGUGCAGCGCGACAACGACCAGUGGUGGUUGGGCUACGUGCAGGACAUUGACGGCGACCGCUUCCUUGUCGACUUCGAUUCACCGACCGUCCGCCCCGAAUGGAUCCUCACCCGUCACAUCUGGCCACACAAUUUCCUGCGUCAAUGGGGGCCUCAAAACCGUGGCAGCUCUAUCCAGGUGGCUCUGCGGGAUACCCAGGGUGGACCAAUGGUAUUUCGCCCAGCGACCAUUACUCGCGAAGUGUGGGACAAAAUAUUUGUUGCCCUGGUUGGUGUCCGUCCAGAUGGUGCCAAUCGGGCCUGCAUCGUCGAUAUCUGCCAGAUUGUCACGGAGCUUCCGACGCACAAUGAACCCAGCUUUUCCGACGCCAAAACACAAUUCGUGUACAGGAAGCACGUCGUCCCUUUUGAGCCGGCAGAGUUAUUGCGGGAUGUGGCGUUGUUGCCGAAGUUUGUGGGAUGGGCGUGCCGGAUAACUUUGGGCAGGGGUGACAUUGACACGCUGUGUGACACCAGCUGCCAGUUUGCCCGGUCCUUUCCCAUCGAUGAGGAGGAGAGGUCGUUCCAGUGCACCCGACUACAUUCACCUUCGGCCCCUACCGAUCACCGGGCGUUCUAUUGCGUGGAUGUGGACUUUCGGGUUUUUGCCCGGGUGGACACGGGGACGGUGUCGUUCGUCUGCGCCGAAGUGCACGGUGAUGCAUUCGGACGCAGUAAGUUCUGGACGGCGGAUGCCCUGAAAGAAGCCUGCCUGGAAUGCCUCACGGCGCAGAAGCCGAGGAUAAGGCCGGGUAUUAACAGUGAGGCGGAUAUAAUGGGGACCGUGCAACCUGAUGAGGAAGCAGUGCACAUUAAUGAUCUCCCAUAUCCGAUUUUGGGGCACAUUUUGCUGCAUUUCGAUGUGGUAACUCAAUUACGGCUAAAUCGGGUAUGCGCGCUCUGGUCGCUGCUGUUGGGAGAGUACGCUGCGAGCCAGCGGCAGAUUAUUCUCACCAUACCACGACUGCUCGCUGGAAAACCUGUGCAACACGAAAUCAACGCUGAAUGCCAGUUUCACACAUACCAAGUCGUGUCGCUACUGGACCGAAGCCUGACCGUAUCGAUACACACCGUGGUACUGCUGGACGACCAGGGACAUUCUGCUACGAUCUCAAAAGCAGAUUUGUCAGACUUCGAGAGGCAGCUAAAUUUUGAUCGGAGGAGAGAGUGCCGGAACAUGGUGCGGCUGAUCCGGCACAUACUCGGCGCCAAAGAUCGUCGUGUGCCAUUACUCGUCAUCAAAAACACCGGUGAUCUUCCGGAAGCGCUCUCGGCUUUGAUGGAUACUGGACGUAUGCCCGGAGAGGAGGCUUCGCGGUACGAAUGCCGCGGCCUUCGUCAGUGGAUGACAGUGUGCCGGCAGCUACUGCUGGUCGACUACAACGCAGCCAUUCCAACGGGUUCUGGCAAUUCCUUAAUGGACCAGCUGUUCUUCUUCGCUCCCGCCGACCUGGCAUGGCUGGACGACAGCGGUCAGAGGGCGGGCGACAUGGUUAAGGCACGCGGCGCACAUCUGCAGAUUCGUAUUCCGUUCCUGCGUUUCCACUGCACCGAGACGGCCGCUGAACAGUCCCAGCGCUUUAUCACGGCGGUCAAUGACAACUGCCCGCCUGUCAGUCAGACCAUGACUGAAAAGGUCACGGGGAUGUUACUUCGCUGGGUGCGGUCGCUGGCCUAUCCCGACCAAUGGACCGGUAUCCGCAUAUUCCUCAAUCUGUUCAGCAGUGUUGGACCCGAUGGCCUUCCUCAGCCGUGGGAUGGCGCUGACUUGCGGCAACUGAAUGCGGCGGUUCUCAGUCGCUUAGCCAUGCACAUUCUGGAUGAAUUCUUCCCCGACUGAUCCAGCCGAAUGCAGAAGAAACGUGGGGAUAUUAAACCGCAUUCACUUUAAAAUAAAUUAACUGGUGUUCCUCUUCUUUAUGUACUAGUGCUGCAAUGGUCAGCAUAACAAACUUUCCAUGUUCAUCCGCUUUUAAUGGCCAGCCACUUCCCGUGUUCGGGCAAGUUCGAUGGUAGCCGUCAGUGUUACACGCUUACAGUAAAAGAACAGACCAUAGGGUCUCUACGUAGAGCCCUUGCAG